AUGUCCUACAAUCAGUCAACUGAGAAAUACUCACAAGAACCUAAAGAUAUUACUCAUUUGUGGAAGCAUCCUUAUACUCCUUCUGAAAAAAAUAAGUAUGAAGUAUUUAAGGAUUUACAUUCGAAUUGUGGAUUCUUCCUUACGAGUGGUGAUAAAUUUGGAUGUGAUUUCUUGGCCUAUAAGGGAGAUCCAGUUCUCCACCAUGCAGAAUUUCUGGUCUAUGUUCAGGAGUAUGAUAAACCGAUUGAAUCAUUCCAAAUGAUUAGUAUUGGAAGAUUGGCCAACAAUGUUCACAAAACUGUACUCUUUGCAUCGUGGAAUCCUCAAUCCAAUCAAGUGGAAUAUUUAAAUAUGAAUUGGUUCAAUCCUCAGCCCAUCAAAACUUGGAAAAUCAAAGAAUUAUGUAACAAGUACAAACAAGAACUUAACAACCAAACCUCUCAUUAA